AUGUUAACCGGCGCAAUUCUCGCUGCAUCAAUGGUCAAAGAUAUCCAACUCCAAGUGGAGAAUCGAAAUCCGAAUGUCUUUGUUUUCGAGCAAACCUACGCGUCGAAAGCCUCAGUUUUCGCCAUCGAUGAGAGCAUUGUGGUGAAGUUAGGCGAAUAUCGACGUGAUAAACCGACACUCGACAAUUGUUGGCGACCAGUUUCUCGGACGAAACCAUUGCGUCUCGAAUAUUUCCAAAUUGGUCUCCCAGCCAACGGUGGAAUGCGAAUGAUGAAUGGAUUUCGAGAUCGGGAUGAUCAAGUUUUUAGCCGACUCCUUCCCAUCACUUUCGGUUGGGAUCCUGCCAAU